GGAGAAACCUUGAAAAGAACCCUAACCUAUGGCUCUUCCUCUUUGCUCUCCUCUUCUGGUUCUCUCUCCCGCUGCUUCGUUCCAUUUCGAGCUUCGGCAAAAACUUUUGGAAGGCUGAUCGCCUCUACAUGCCGCUUUGCCUUUUAAAGCUGAACUUUUUUUUUUGACUUGGAGGCCUGCCCGAGAUCGAACCCUUUGCGCCUAUUUGUUAGCUUUCAUGCAAUUGACGUUUUCAUACGGUCGUCGCAUGUUCUUUCUGCUGCCGCCGUGUUUGUCAAGUUCGUGUUCGUAUUUCUGGAUAUAGUGAGCAAAGAUGAGUCGGGCAAGUGUGGCUGGACCAAAGGGAAAGAAGAAAGGGGUAUCCUUUACGAUCGACUGUGCGAAACCGGUGGAGGACAAGAUCAUGGACAUUGCGUCAUUUGAAAAGUUUUUGCAGGAGAAGAUCAAGGUCGAUGGAAAGGCCGGUGCCCUCGGCGACAUUGUUACUGUCACGCGGGACAAGACCAAGAUUACCGUGACUUCCGAAAGUAGUUUCUCUAAACGUUAUCUGAAGUAUUUGACAAAGAAGUACCUGAAGAAACACAAUGUUCGAGAUUGGCUGCGGGUGAUUGCAUCAAACAAGGACCGAAAUAUCUAUGAAGUCAGAUACUUCAAUAUCGCUGAGAAUGAAGGGGAGGAAGAAGAUUGAACAUUUAGCUUUCAAAGGAGUGCUUGUUGCUUUCCCUGUGCCUUCCAAGUUGAUAAGUAUUGGAUUUUGCAUUCUGCUCUUUUAUUUUCUUGAGUGGAGAAAUUUUGUGAUCUAGCUGUUAUUAGAAAGGGUCAGUAAUGGAAGUUGCGGAAAUCCUGUGCGGGCUGUAAUUAUACGUUUGCUCUUUUUCUCUUAAGUUGUUGAGUUCCUCAAGCUUUGCAGAGAUUUAGGCUGGUUUUUUAAGCUUGCAUCUCAUUAGAGGGACAAUUGUUUGUUAGUUGUCAAAAAUGUAGUUGUCCUAUCAUAAUUAUCUAGAUUUCCUGAUACUCGAAUUCGACUCUUUCAUGCCCUUUUUCCACGUUAUAAAAUCUUCCUUAUCCGUUGGAGUA